GUGGCAGUUAGGGGACCUGGCCUGCUGAAUGGGGCCUUCUCUUGGAUCAAGAGUCUCUUAUUAGAUCAAGGUCUCUUAUUAGACUUCCUCAUUCUUUCUCAGACCCCAGGCUGUAUAGUGGCAGCUGAUGAAAAUAUCUGAAAGAUGAGAAGAGACAACCGAGGCUGGUGAGGGAAGAGGGAGACAGGUGGAGAAGUGGUGCUCAAGAUGGAUGCAGAAGACUCUGGGAGUGAGUUCCCUAGGUCAGAAGGAGAAAGAGACCAACAUCAGAGACCUGGAAAGGGAACGAAGAGUGGGGAGGCAGAAUGGGGCAGAGGUGAGCUGGGAAAAGAUGGGCGACCGCUGUCCUCCACCGUCUCCCUCACCAGUAACAGGUCCUUGAGCCAGCGCCGGAACUCUCCGCUUCCCUUUCAAUGGAGAGUCGCACACAGUUUCCACUGGAUGGCCCAGGUGUUGGCUUCUGAGCUCAGCCUGGUUGCCUUUAUCCUACUGUUGGUCAUGGCCUUCUCCAAGAAAUGGCUGUACCUCUCUAGGAGCCGCUUCUACCAGCGCUGGCCCGUAGAUGUCAGCAACAGAAUCUACACAUCAGCCCACAUCAUGUCCAUGGGCCUCCUGUACUUCUGCAAAUCCAGGAGCUGUUCUGACUUAGAGAAUGGGAAAGUGACCUUCAUCUUCUCCACCCUCAUGCUGUUUCCCAUUAACAUCUGGAUCUUUGAGGUGGAGAGGAAUGUAUCCAUCCCCAUCGGAUGGAGCUAUUUCAUUGGUUGGCUGGUGCUUAUCCUAUAUGUCAGCUGCGCGAUCCUUUGCUACUUCAACCAUAGAAGUUUCUGGAGUCCGAUUCUGAGCCACCCCAGUGGCACCGUGUCCUGCAGCAGCAGUUUCGGCUCAGUAGAAGAAUCUCCAAGGGCACAGAUGAUCACAGACACCGCCAUCACUCAGGAGGGAGUCCUGGCUCCUGAGCGGAAGGAUACACACCUGUAACCUUUUCUGAACUCCUGGCACCAAGUUCUGUCCAUUCCUCUGACCCCGUCUCCUCCUCCUCCCCCCAGCCCUAAAGGUUGGUCCUCAUCAUUGCAAGGAAUGAGAAAGGGAGGAUGCUGGACCAGCUUUGCACUCCUCUGCUUUCUCCCUGACUUGACUGAGCUUGAGUGAUGUGGAAUAAAUUGUCCGUCUCUGCUUUCUCA